ACCCCCCCUUGUGACGUAGUAAUCCCCGCCCUCUUCACGGUCACGUGGUUGUGACGUCCGGACUUCCUCAAAGCCAACCUAUGGCGCUACUGCGGCCUAUGAAGAAAAGAGAGCAGGAGAGUUGAAUGAAGGAUUGAGGUGGAACAGGGUGUAAAUAUCAGAAAGCUGCAGCAUUACACAAGCAAGGGUUUGCUAAAGGCGAGGGCUCAUUCAUUUGUCGGAUGAAGACUGGUUCAAGGAUGUGGCAUGAAGCUCGUAAGCACGAGCGAAAGCUUCGGGGGAUGAUGGUGGAUUACAAGAAACGGGCAGAACGCCGGCGGGAGUAUUAUGAGAAAAUUAAAAAGGACCCAGCCCAGUUCCUUCAGGUACAUGGAAGAUCUUGUAAAAUCCAUCUUGAUUCUGCUGUUGCUCUUGCAGCUGAGAGUCCUGUUAAUAUGAUGCCAUGGCAAGGGGAUCCCAAUAACAUGAUUGACCGCUUUGAUGUGCGAGCUCACCUUGAUUAUAUUCCGGAGUAUAAACCCCCUCUGCUGACAACAAUCUCAUCUGAGCAAGAGUCUGAUGACCGUAAAUGUAAUUAUGAGCGGUAUCGGGGACUUGUUCAAAACGACUUUGCUGGAAUUUCUGAAGAACAGUGUCUGUACCAGAUAUAUAUUGAUGAGCUGUAUGGGGGCUUACAACGGCCGGGAGAAGAUGAGAAGAAGAAGCUUUCUGAGAAGAAAGCUUCCAUAGGGUAUACCUAUGAAGACAGCACUGUUGAAGACCUUGGGGACUCUCCAGAGAAAGGGGAAGGUGAAGACUCUGAUGAUGAGAGCAAAUCUGAUGAAGAUGAGGUUAUCCCAGACAUUGAUGUGGAGGUUGAUGUGGAUGAAAUCACAGAUGAACAAAUUGCUGAUCUAAAUAAACAGGCUACCUCUUAUGGGAUGGCUGAAGGAGACUUUGUAAGAAUGCUUCGAAAAGAUAAAGAGGAAUCCGAGGCAAUCAAACAUGCCAAGGCUUUGGAAGAGGAAAAAGCUAUGUAUUCUGGCAGACGGUCUCGCCGUCAGAGGAGGGAAUUCAGAGAGAAACGCCUUAAAGGAAGGAAAAUUAGUCCACCCAGCUAUGCUCGAAGAGACAGUCCCACUUACGAUCCUUAUAGGCGGUCUCAGUCAGACUCUUCUUCUGUCUCUCGUUCGCGAACCCCAAGCCCUGGACGUGAAGAAGCUAUUACGUUCAUUACCAGCUUUGGAGGCAGUGAAGAUGAGUCUGCAUCUGGUCCUGCAGCUCAGUCUUCUUCAGCCACAUCCAGCAAACGACCCUCGCACACACAUGCCUCUGGGACUUCUUCAGGUCGUAAAGAUGCCUCCCGGAGAAGAACAACUUCCUCGUCAUCGUCUUCAUCAUCUUCAGCUUCCUCAUCAAGGUCAAGAACAUACUCCAGGUCUCGAUCCAGCUCCAGAUCUAGGAGAGUAAGCACCCGACGUAGGUCUGGAUCACACUCUCGUACCCGUAGGUACUCUCGCAGCCCUGUGCGGCGUCACGUAGGAGCAGGAGGUACAAGAGACAGCCGGAGAUAUUCUAGAUCCUUAUCUUCAGAACGAGAUAGAUAUUAUGGAGGAAGGCGCAGAUCAAGAAGUCGAUCUCGAUCACCUGACCGUCAUGCUCGUGGGGGGAAAAGUGGUGGCCGACUACGGACAAGCAGUCAAAGCAGUUUAUCCAGGAGCCCAUCCCCAGGGAGGGAAAGGGGUGCAAGACGUGCUGUAUCCCCAGUUCUUGGAGAGCGGUUGAAAAGGGCCGAGCUUCCUGUUAGCAGAGAGUGCGGAGCAGCCAAAACCAAGCUCACUCCACAAGAGAAGCUGAAACUCCGUAUGCAGAAAGCCUUGAACAAACAGUACAAGGCGGAUAAGAAAGCAGCUCAAGAGAAGAUUAUUCAGCAGGAACAUGAGCGACAGGAACGUGAAGAUGAACUAAGAGCAAUGGCAAGAAAGAUUCGAAUGAAGGAGCGAGAGCGUCGAGAACGAGAACGUGAUGAAUGGGAAAGACAUUAUACACGCAGCAGAUCUCCUUCUCCCCGACAUAGCCGAGAAUACAGUUCAUCAAGGAGAAGGUCCCGUUCACGUUCCAGGAGCCCCCACCAUCGUCAUUAACUCUACAGGUCUGUUUUGUACAACUGGGUACGAAUAAAAGUUAUUCCUGUCAGCCUCCAUGGUACAUUCCAUGGAACAUAGUGGGAUGCAGCCAGAGGUUGAAAUAAAUGGCAGACCUAAAGAAUGUCUGAAUAUGCCUCUAGAUAUAACAUUUAUGUAAUCCGAAUAACAUUAUGGAUACUUAACAUGGAUUAUGAAGCACUUCCUGAUCCGCAUCUGUUGUGUUCUUGUGGAGUUAUGGGACUGGUCUUUUUGAAUUGUGAUAAAAUGACUGCCUUUUGGGUUUUUUUUUUUUUUUUUCUUGGUCAUUUCAAGCUCUGUGAAUUUAAGAACUGAAUCCUAAAAAUGAAUAUGGUUAGAAAUGCUGUAUUUUAUAAAUUAAAAUUAUUGUACCAGCCCAGAUGUUCAGAAGCCUGGCAACAGUAAUAAACCUAUUAAACCCUGUGCACUGCAGCUCCCCAUCUUCCAAUCUUGUUAGGGCAUC